UGGCAGUAGGUUUGUGUGUGGAUGCUCCCUGCGGGACUCCUGCGAGGCCCUUCCCCUCCUAGAGCCCCGGAGAUGAGAUGAGACGAGGCUCGCGCUAGGAAUGCGCUGUGUGACGUCACGGCGCUCCGGAGCUCUCACAGUUUUGGGGGAAUCGUUUUGUUUCUGCAUGUGUUCAGGUUCACCAAAACCGUGUAUCGUUUGUUUUCUUCGCAGCGCAGGACUGAAGCGGGUUUUCGGAUGGCCAGGUUUUGACGUACUUCUACGUGGAUUGUUUGCAAAAACUUCUUCGCCGAGAGUGUGUGCUGUGCAAACUGGGACACGCGCUCUUGUUUCCAUAGAAACGCACAAGACGCCUUGAAACUGCUGCGAUCAUUCAUCAAGACUUCACAAAAACAGCAAGAUGCCGUUUUAUGACAAUGUUUACUACCCGUACCCGUCAGAUCCCCCGGGGACCCAUUCUUCAGCAGGGAUCCCGUCUCUGUUGAGCUCUCCUCGGAGUCAACCCUCAUCCGGCAGCCAGAGCAGACCAGCCGCAUCCACCAUGUCCGGACCCCUUACAUCCUCCAGAGCCGCCGGCAUCCCUCCGCCCUUCAGGUUCAGAGCCCGGCGUGAGAAUGUGGACUGGCGUCGGAUCAGUGCCGUGGAUGUGGACCGGGUGGCUUCUGAAUCGGACUUCCAUGCUCUACAGGAGCACAUCACAGAGGUGACGUUCUGUAGUGUGGAGGGCGAGCACUGCCGGCGCUGUCAGAGCCCCGUGGACCCGGCUCUGAUUAAGCUCUUCCGGCUAGCCCAGCUGACCGUGGAGUACCUGCUGCACUCCCAGGACUGUCUCAGCAUCAGCCUGCAGACGGCCGAGGAGAGGCUUCAGACGGAGGACCGCGAGAGGGAGCAGCUCUGCGUCCAGCUGCAGAAAAAAACCCAGGAGGCCAAGACGCUAAAGGAGGAACUGAAGCAGAGGAAGAAGAUCAUAGCCUCUCAGCAAGCCAUGUUCAGCACGGGGAUUGGUGCCAAUUACCACAAGUGCCAACACUGUGAGAAAGCCUUCAUGAAUGCCUCUUUCCUGCAAAGUCACAUGCAGCGCAGACAUCCAACGGAGUUUGACAUCAAACUGAUAACUGAUAAUCAGAAAAAAAUUCAGACCAUGAAGUUACAAGAGGAAAUCAACAAACUACAGGAGCAGCUGACCCUGGUCACAUCUCAAAUGGAGGCACAGCAGAAAGACUGCAUUGCUAAACAGGAAAAAGAGCUCAUCCAAAGGCAGGAAGAGUUUAAGAGACAACUGGAAAUAUGGAAAGAAGAAGAGAAAAUGCGGAUGAACAGCAAAAUAGAUGAAGUCAAGCAAGCCUGUCAGCGGGACAUGGAUUCAAUGCAUCAAAAGAACAGAAACCUAGAAAAAGAGCUGCUAAAAUUACAGCAGAAAAAUAUGCAAGAAUGUGUGCAGCCGUUACAGACACAGCCCAUUAAUGAACACUGGCAGGAAGUUGUUAAACUUCAACAAAAACUUCACAAACAAGAGGUGAAGUGGGCAGGGAAAAUGCAAAAAAUAAAGGAGGAACAUGACAGUGAAAAAAGUCUGCUUCAGGAGGAGCUGUUUAAACUGCGCUCGGCCGUGUCAGAAGGCAGAGAGGAAUCACGACGACAGGUGCUGGAGCUGAGCCACAGGCUGCAGGAGCAACAGCAGGUUAUUUCCUCCCAAAACAAGCAGAUGAAACAGAUCUCGUCAAAGCCUCCAGCAAUAUCAGUACAGCGUGAAGCGGUUGCUGCCCUGGCUCCAGAGACUAAAGCAAAAGUGGUGCUCAGUGAUUCCUCUAGCAUCUCUGAAGGUCACACAGAGAGCCGGUCAUGGCAGCAGGAAGUGCAGGAGCUGUUAAAGAACCCGGGUUUAAGGAGAGACAUGCGUCUGGCAGCUCAGCAGAACCUUGAAGAUCGACUGCAGAGCUUAGGCAUCAAGGGAGUCAGUGGUCUCUCUAAAGGGGCUUUUAAGAGCACCAUGACCCAGGUUGUAACGGAUCGUCAGAAGAGACAGGAAGAUGAUCCAGCGUAUCAGAGGGCUCUGAAAGAGAUCAGCCAUAAACUGGAGCAGAGAGUGAAGGAGAGGAACGCGCAGCAGCCAGCCAAACCCAAACAACAGGAACAAGUGGUUCAGUCCAGACCCAGAUCCAGCAGCUUUCCAUCUACAGUAACUCGAGUGGAGUCAGGCCCUGCUCCUAAACAGCAGCACACCCCACAACCAACUCCACGCAGCAGAACCAGCAUCCUGCCCAUGACCUCCACAUCGCUACAACAUCACAGAACUCCUCCAUUCAGCUCUGAUGAAGAAUCAUCUGAGGAAGAGGAAUCGUCCGAAGAAGAAACCCCUCAGAAACAGAAGAAAUCCGCUCUGGUCAACAGCACCACAGUCAAGGCCCAGACUGCUAAAACACAGCAUCGCUCGACCCCUCACGCUCCUGCAGUGCGCUCCGCUGCUGCUGUGAUCAGUGCGGACAGAACGGACAUCACGGCUCUGAGCGAGAGCGACAGCGAGUGGACCGACGGCAGCGAGAUGGAGGAGAUCAACCUCUCACAGCUGCACAAACACACUGACCAGAAUGGAAACAUGGACAAGAUUACUCACAGUAAUGUCAAAACUCUUAGCAAAAGCCUUGAAAAACAGCUGGAAGCUCGAGGCCCAAAGAAACCAGCUGGGGGCAUUAAUAUUUUGGUUGAAAAGCCAACAGCUGUCAAAAAUAUAAAGCAAGAUGCAAAGAAAGAGCUGAAGUAUGCCGAUGAAGAUGAUGAUGAUGAUGACGACUGGGAUAUCUCCUCUCUGGAGGAUGUGCCCGUUGUAACCAAACCCAGCCAAUGUCCCGUACCCAUCAGGAGGAGCCUGGACAAGAGUCUGGACACCAGCACGAGUGUGUGGGGCUCAUCAGCGGCCAAAGGACAGAAGACAAGCCUCAUAGACACAGGAACCAGUAGCACUCUCAAGAGCAGUUUAGUGACCGUCAGUGACUGGGAUGAUUCUGAUGAGAUAUAAUAAAAUGCUGCAAAGCAAUACCAAAACAUCCUCAAGUUAAUGUACCUUUUAAUUGUAAUAUCCAGUAUCUAUUGUAGCUCAGGCUUAGUGAUCAUUCAGGGACAGCAGUGCAAAACUUGUUUGAUAUUAACAGUGUUAAAGGUACUUUAUAUGAAAUAUAAAGGUACAAGUAUACCUAACGCUAAGGGAUGUUGCACUUUAAAAUGAUUGCCUCAUACUUUUUUAAUAGUUUAUGUAAUGUGUAAAAAAAACUGAUUUAUUAAACUUUUUCAAACACUUCAAA